CCUCUUAAGAAUAAACCGAAACCGAAUCGAACCGAUAACUAUUUAAACCGAACCAAAACCGACCCGUGAGACAAUUAAACCGAUUCCAAACCGACCCGAUUAAAUACCGAACCGAUUUCAAACCGAAUCGAAACCGAACUGUCAAACCGUUUUGACAGUGCUACACCUAUUCUAAUACUAAAAAUUCUAGGGUAAUCAAACUUAUUUUGAUCACCUUAAGCCAUUCUAUGAAGCAUGAUAUAGUCCACAAUAUUAAAAAAAAAAAAAAAAAAAAAAAAAAAAAAAAAAAAAAGGGUAGACCCUCCAAGUAAAUAAACUUUCUUCUUGUAAUUAGUGUACUAUAUCAUGGCAAUAACAUACUCAAUUACUCAUACAUCUUAAAACUUUGCUAGGUAACUUUUAUCAAUGACAUUUUUUGGCUCCAAAACCCAUCAUUUAAAAUCAAGCAAUUUCAUCCUUUCCCUCCUAGACAACCACCAAUGCCUUACCAUCCCUCACCUCAACCAAAUCCAAUCUCACCUCAUCACUUCCGGCACGCUUUCCGACACAUACGCUGUCGGAAAGCUCGUGUCGGCUUUCGCAAACCAUCCUACACACCUCUCUCAUGCUUAUAAACUCCUCAUUUUCUCACCUAAUCGCUCCAAUUACAUGUGGAACUCUUUGAUCAAAUUUUACAUUGAUAAGCAUGAACCCAUCAAAGCGAUUUCUUUAUACAAGAACAUGAUUUCUUCUGGUUCUUUUCCCAAUAAUUAUACAUUUUCAUUUGUUAUUAAAGCUACUAAUGAUCUUUGUGAUUUGCCUUUUGGAAUAAUGCUUCAUGCUCAGAGUAUCAAAUUGGGUUGGGAGAAUUAUGAUUUUGUGCAAAAUGGGUUGAUUCAUUUGUAUGCUAUGUGUAAUGCGGUUAAUUCAUCUCGUAAAUUGUUUGAUGUGAGUGCAAUUAAGGAUGUUGUUACAUGGACUGCUGUGAUUAAUGGGUAUGUUAAAGUUGGUCGAAUUGGGGAUGCACGAAAGAUGUUUGAUGAAAUGCCUGACAGAAAUGUGGUUUCUUGGAGUGCGAUGAUCACUGGGUAUGCUCAAAUGGGGUUCUUUGAAGAGGCUCUGGAAGUCUUUAAUGAUAUGCAGGUAAAUGGAUUUAGGCCUAAUCAUUCUUCGUUGGUUGGGGCACUUACGGCUUGUGCGGCUCUUGGAGCUUUUGAUCAAGGGAGGUGGAUACAUGCGUAUGUGGAUAGAAAUAAAAUGGAAUUGGAUGUGAAAUUAGGCACGGCGUUGGUUGAUAUGUACGCGAAAUGUGGGUGCAUUGAAAUGGCUAAUCGUGUGUUUGAGGAUAUGCCAUCUAAGGAUGUGUUUGCUUUUACUUCCUUGAUUUCUGCACUGUCAAAUCAUGGGCAGAGUGAGAGAGCAAUUGAAUUGUUCAAUAGAAUGCAGCGCGAAGGGGUUGAUCCAAAUGGGGUUACAUUCAUUUGUGUCCUGGCUGCAUGUAGUAGAAUGGGUUUGGUAGACAAAGGAUUGCAGAUAUUCAAAAGUAUGAAACACCGUUAUGGAAUUGAACCGGGAGUUGAACACUAUGGCUGUUUGAUUGACCUCCUAGCAAGGUCGGGGAUGCUACAGGAGGCAGCACAGCUAGUGAGAAAGAUGUCAGUGAAACCCGAUUCUUAUGUAUUGGGUGCACUACUCAAUGCUUGUCGAGAAUAUGGUGAUGUUGAGUUGGGGGAAGAAAUUGUCAAACACUUAAUGGAGCAAGGUCUCGACUAUAGUGGGGUUCACACACUUCUUUCAAAUAUUUAUGCAUCAGCGAAGAAGUGGGAUGGAGUUAUGCAUGUACGGGAACAGAUGCAAGAGAAGAUGGUGAGAAAGGUGCCAGGAUGCAGCUUAAUUGAAGUGGAUGGUGUUGUUUCUGAAUUUGGUGCUGGGCAUAGGUAUCACAAGCGAAUGGAGGAUGUAAUGUUGUCUUUGCUUCAAAUGGACAAGCACUUGCAAUCCUUCUUGCUUGAUCAUAAUUUUUCUCUUGGCUCUUGCACCUGAAUUACAUAUUCCUGAUGAAAGUUGUGGUUGGGUUUUAUGGUGUUCAGAAUAAUCUAUCAGUUUUACCACCCUCAGCAAAUUAACAGAGGCAACUGCAGAUGACAGCAAUUGCAGAUUCAUUUAAGCAUGAAAUAACCAUCUUUUUAUCUUGCUAAUUAAGGAGCAAUUGGAGCAAAUUUAGGAUUUGGUCUCUCAGACUCCAAAGUUAUGCUGCAGGGUGCUUGUUAGUCUAUAUGCGCAGUGGGUUCUAUGAUGUACCAUUGCCUAAUCAAUCUACUAAAUUAGGUUUGGUUUGUGAGAGUUGAAACUCUAACCAACAAAGCUCACCUCUACAUCCAAAUAACAUAGGCACUAUACAUGUGCGGUACAAAUUACAAAGAUGAUUUCCAGAAUACUAUAAGCUCAUCUUCACAAUUCAUGUUAUAUUUGCUCCGAACAAAAGAUUGUGUGUUUAAUUCAUACGGUAUACUUCAUUUAGAACUUCCUAUUGUUUACUUCCUUAGUUGAAGAUUGAAUGUUACAUUUUCCUCUGUA